AGAACUCGCUGUAUACGGAGAAGAAGCAGAAGAAAAAUCUGUGCUUUACUAGGGAAAAUUUUCCAUCUUUGCGAUGCAUAACCCUUCUGUCUUCUCGUCGUGUGUUCCAGGUUCCUAGCAAUGGCGGAGGUCAUAUAUUUCUUAAACAAGGACACUUUAAUGGUUAAACCUCGGAAGAAAUCACCUCUAGUAUAUAGGAUGAUAGUUUUGGCAUUUUCAAUGUUCUGUGGGGUGUAUAUAUGCUCAAUCUGUCUGAAGCAAAUAAGCCGCCGCGCCAAGCCAAAUCUUUUGAACAUCCAAAUCACCGAGGAACCUUGCGAGCUUCAUGGCAUAAAACAAUCUGAUAAACCUUCAAUCCAUUAUCCAAAACCCAAAACUUUUAGCAGGGCUGAAUGUGCAGAUAAUCCAGUGCGAUAUUUCGUUAUUGUGUCGACACAGAGAUCGGGAAGUGGGUGGUUCGAGACACUCCUAAAUAGCCACGCCAACGUGAGCUCCAAUGGGGAGAUUUUCUUCGUCAUGGAUAGGAGGAAGAAUGUUUCCACGAUUUUACAGACUCUUGACAAAGUUUACAACUUGCGUCGGGGCUGCGCUGGGGAGCUGGCCGGACGACUGGACGACGGCUGGGACUCGCCGUACGGGGCAGCGAGCGGCGGCGAGCCGAGCUCGCGCGCUCGGGAGGGGGAAAGGCAGAGCCGGGCGGAGCUGCCGAGCGACGCGGUGGCGCGGCGAAGGCGCGAGAAAGACGGCGGCGUCGGCGGCUGGUGGAGCGGCGUCGGGCGGAGGCGGUCGAGCGGCGACUGCGGAGGCGGGGAGGAGCUACGGUGGACGGGAGUCGGGGGUGGGGAGAGUGACUAG